AUGGAGACCCUGGACCGCAAAAGACCUCAGUUCCUCGAGGAGAUUCAAAGGCGUGCAACUAAACUUGUGACCAGACAGGGCUUCUCCUGUUUUCAUCACGUUGAUGACGGCCUUGGAAAUUGGCAAGGGCCUAUCGUGGUCGCAGUUCCUGUUCUUUGGGAUGUUCCCGUGACUCUGCAGUCUCCUCAUCGUAUGGAAGUUAACUCAACAAUAGGUAAAGAAAUCUUGCCCGCUUCAGAAAAGCUUUCGCGUCUCCCGGCCGGAAUGGCUGACACCGAUCAUAAGGAGGAAUAUCACGAAGAAAAGAAGACUGUGGAAAACAUAUGCCAGAUAUCCACAACCUGA